CUCACCUUCAAUCUCCGCGGCUUUUUGCUCUGCCGCGUAAUAAUGGCGGUUUUUGGUGGCGCUACUACAUUGGGUUCUGUUUCUUUCUCUUCUCAUCUCUUCGACCAACAAUCUUGUUUCCUCUCUUGCCCACUUAGACUCCUCCCUUCCUCAUCAUCCUCUUCUUCUUCUUCCAAUAGAAACUCUCUCCUCUGCAUCGUCAAAUCAGUCUCAAGCUCCGCCACCGCGGAUACAGAUAGAAACUCCGAUCAAUCACCCCCUUCCUCCGUCCUCUCCGCCUCCAAUUCUCUUCUUCGAGACACCUCCGAUGAUGCUGCUGGACCAAGCGAUUGGAAAACGGCAAAGGCUUAUUGCAAAAGUGGUGAUACAUUUGAAGGUGAAGUUCAAGGCUUUAAUGGUGGAGGCUUACUUAUUCGUUUUCAUUCUCUUGUGGGUUUUCUUCCUUAUCCACAAUUAAGUCCUUCACGUUCUUGUAAAGAGCCUCAGAAAAGUAUUCAUGAAAUAGCUAAGACUUUGGUUGGUUCUAAACUUCCUGUGAAGGUUGUUCAAGCUGAUGAGGAAAAUAGAAAGUUGAUUUUAUCUGAGAAGUUAGCAUUAUGGCCAAAGUAUUCACAAAAUGUUAGUGUUGGGGAUGUGUUUACUGGAAGAGUAGGUUCUGUUGAGGACUAUGGUGCCUUUAUCCACUUGCGUUUCGAUGAUGGUCUUUAUCAUCUUACUGGACUAGUGCAUGUCUCUGAAGUAUCGUGGGAUUACGUUCAAGAUGUUAGGGAUGUACUACGCGAUGGUGAUGAGGUUCGGGUUAUAGUCACGAAUAUUGACAAAGAGAAAUCAAGGAUUACACUAUCCAUCAAACAACUUGAAGAUGAUCCUCUUCUGGAAACAUUAGACAAAGUGAUUUUGAAGGACAGCUCUAGUGGAUCUCCUUCGCUAAGCUCGAACAAUGGGGAUACAAUUGAACCUCUUCCAGGGCUAGAAACAAUACUUGAAGAACUUUUAAAGGAAGAUGGAAUAGAAGCUGUGAAAAUCAACCGGCAAGGAUUUGAGAAAAGAGUGGUUUCACAAGACCUACAACUUUGGCUCUCAAAUACACCGCCUUCUGAUGGGAAGUUUGUUCUUCUUGCCCGUGCUGGAAGACAGGUGCAAGAGAUACACUUGACAACGUCGCUCGAACAAGGAGGAAUCAAGAAAGCGCUUCAGCAUAUGAACAUGGACAAGGAAACAGAGCAAACCCUAAAUUACUUACCUUUGGGUCAGAGCGAUCCCUUUGGCAAUGGCAGUGAAGGAACUAUCGGAGAUUUCCUUGGAAGAUACUGCAACAACCCUCAAGAGAUUUCACCGUUAACUCUACAAUCUUUCUCUAUGAAUUCUCAGAUCUCUGAGAAUUUCCCAAUUUCCGGUGGAAUCAGAUUCCCUCCGUAUCCAGGUCAAUUUGGAUCCGAUCGAGAAUUUGGGGUUCUUGGGUCACAACCAACAACGCAAGAGAGUAACAAAAGCUCGUUGUUGGAUCCAGAUUCAGUUUCGGAUCGAGUUCACACCACGAAAUCUAACUCUAGGAAGAGGAAAUCGAUUCCUAGUGGUAAUGGCAAGGAGUCUCCAGCUUCUUCCUCUCUUACAGCUUCCAAUUCAAAGGUUUCAGGAGAGAAUGGUGGAUCUAAAGGUGGGAAGAGAAGUAAGCAAGAUGAGGCUGGGAAUAGUAAAAACGGAGUAGAGAAGUGCGAUAGUAAAGGCGACAAUAAGGACGAUGCUAAGCCUCCUGAGGCGCCUAAAGAUUAUAUUCAUGUUAGAGCUAGAAGGGGUCAAGCAACUGAUAGCCAUAGUCUUGCCGAAAGAGCAAGACGAGAAAAGAUCAGCGAGAGAAUGACGUUGCUUCAGGAUCUGGUUCCUGGUUGCAACCGGAUUACAGGGAAAGCGGUCAUGCUUGACGAAAUUAUAAAUUAUGUGCAGUCCUUGCAGAGACAAGUUGAGUUCUUGUCCAUGAAGCUGGCUACUGUAAAUCCAAGGAUGGAGUUCAAUGCUAAUGCUGCUUUAUCCACAGAGAUGAUUCAACCGGGGGAGUCGUUAACGCAGUCUCUUUACGCAAUGGCUUGCUCAGAGCAAAGACUUCCAUCAGCAUACUAUUCCCUUGGCAAGAACAUGCCCAGAUUCUCAGACACACAAUUCCCCUCAAACGAUGGAUUUGUUCAAGCUGAGACACCGGGAUUCUGGGAAAAUAAUGACCUGCAAAGCAUUGUUCAAAUGGGUUUUGGAGAUAUCCAGCAACAGAGCAACAACAACAACUGUUCUGAGCCAACGCUUCAGAUGAAGCUUGAACCAUAGCUCUGAUCAAAGAUGUUUACGGUUAUUAUCUCUGUUGUACAUACAGAAACCAAGUAGUGAUGAGUAACGGAGUGAAACAUAUUGGAAUUUUAAUGUUUACUAUCGUUUCUUCUUUGCUUGUGCAUCUGUUGAUUUCUUCUCAACCUAAAACAAAAACAAGAAAACUUCAUAUUAAGUAUGUAAAAAAAUGACAAGAACUUUUCUCUGUACUAUUUACUAUUGUUAUGUAUUAUGAUUGCUCAGCUUGUAAGAAACUGGAAUAAAUUUGUUCACUUCUU